UACUUUGAAAACCUACCCUUACCUUUUUUAUUCUAACCUAUAAUGUGCAAAUAUGAAACGCAAAGUAAGGUCGCAUCAGGUCUUAUAAAAUAAUCACACGUCAGCCUCUGCUAGUAAAAAGUCAUAGAUAAAAGGAACACAGUGUAUUUUACAGUGAAUUACACCGUUCAACUCGUUAAAAGUAUUGAUAAAUAGAAAAAACAAAAAAAAAUAAAAACAAAAUGUCAGACGUGAGAGACUGGUUCAAUUCUUUACCAAUAUUUACGAGAUAUUGGUUAAUGUUUACGGUUAGUUUGUCAUUAAUCGGUAGAUUUGGUUUCGUGCAAGCAUCCACACUUGUCUUAUCGUACGAUCGAUUUAUAAACAAUUUUGAAAUUUGGAGACCAUUUACCAGUGUUUUUUUUUAUCCUAUGAGCCCUGCAGGAUUUCACUUUUUACUUAAUUUGUAUUUUCUCUAUAAUUACUCAUUGAGAUUGGAACGCGUUGAAUAUGAUGGAAGACCAGCCGAUUACUUUUUCAUGUUAUUAUUCAAUUGGUUAUGCUGCGUUAUAUUAGGAUUCAUCAGCGGUUUUCCAUUACUCAUGGAUCCUAUGGUAUUGAGCGUCUUGUAUGUUUGGUGUCAACUCAAUAAAGAUGCCAUAGUUAACUUUUGGUUGGGUACAAGAUUUAAAGCGAUGUAUUUGCCAUGGGUAUUGUUUGGAUUUAAUUUAAUCAUUUCCGGUGGUGGUAUAAUGGAACUCUACGGUAUAUUAAUUGGUCAUAUAUAUGUAUUCUUUAAAUUUAAAUAUCCUCAAGAACUUGGAGGCACAGAUUGGUUGGUUACUCCAAAAAUUUUGGAGACUUAUUUUCCACCCCAAAGAAGUGGAAUUCGAUGGUUUGGUAAUGCGCCAAUACAAAGGCCCGCUGGUCAACAACAACAACAACAACAAGCUAGAAAUAUAUUCGGUGGUCACAACUGGGGAAGAGGUCAAGUACUAGGACAGUAGUUUAAUCUAUUUAAAAAUAUAUAUAUAUAUAUAUAUAAAUAUCACUUUAAUAUUAUCAAAACUUAUUAUCAGAAAAUUAUUGACUCAAUUUACUGUCACCUGUAAAUCUUUGAAUGUUAACAAUUGUAUGAUACACGUAAGAAUAUUAAUUUAAUUAAUCGAAAUUAUGAUCGAUUAACAAAGACAGAUAAAAAGAUAUAAUUUCAAAAAAGUUUAAAAGAUUGUAUCUAAAAUUUAAUUUCAUUUGUUACAGUAGCUUAUAAUUUUGACUAAAGAUAUAAUCGAUUUGUUAAAUUUAAUGCAUCGAUAAAACUAUCUUUAUGGUCGAAUAUAUGUAUCCAAAUGUUUUUUUUUAUAAUGUACUUUUAUAAUUUACAAAAUAAGUAUUCCAUAAUAAUAUUCCAACAAAAUAUAAAUACAAUUUACCGUACUUCGUAAAUGUAAUUAGUUUCUGUACAUUUUCAUGAAUAAUUUAAUAAUUACUAGCAAUAGAAAGACCAAGUGAAAAAGAAAAAGAAAUGAAAUAGAAAUUAUGAUCUUGCUAAUUAGCAUAAUCCAUAGCAUUAUGAAAUUUUUCCUGUACAUAAAGAAAGAAAGAAAUAUUUAAUUCGUAAAUUCUUUCACCGAUUAAGCUUUUCUGUACAGAAAUAUACAAAACAUACAAGAUAAUACAAAAGAUGUAGCUGCGUUUUUUAAAAGAAGUAAUAGGAUAAUUAUGGAAAUAAAUGUCUAAAAUAAAUA